AUGGCGGCAUCACUCAUAAAAAUAGGACCAGCUGGUCGAACUUCAAACAAUGUCUGGGAUGAUAGUGGGCGUACAAAAAUUACUGCCAUAUAUUUGUCAUAUAGUUACUACGGUAUAAGAUCGCUGCAGUUUCAAUACGAUGAAGCUGGAAUUUCAGUGAUCUCCCCAAAUUGCUUUGGGUCGCAUAGUGGACCAAAAUUUACAACGGUUGCAUUCGAAACUAACGAGUACGUCACGGGAAUAAGUGGUAUCUACCACAAUUCUGAUGGGUUAACUUCACUCUCAAUUCAAACCAACCGAAGAACUUUAGGACCUUUUGGAAACUCAACGGAACAUUGGUUUACUACCAGAUUUAGCUAUCAGUUUGGUCCAACCAACCGAUUUGGUGGAUUUUAUGGCAGCUUCUUAUUGGGAUAUUAUGUGUUGUAA